CCGGCCGGACGGAGCGGGCAGCGGGCACCAUGGAGCCCCCCUCGGCCUCUCCCCGAGCAGGGCGCGGCCCCUGGCAGGAGCUCCUGCUGGCCGUCUCACUCUUAGCCUUCUGGAACCCGCCCACCACUGCCCAAGUCACUGUGGAGUCCGUGCCUCCCAAUGCUGCUGAAGGGAAGGAUGCUCUUCUGCGGGUCCUCAAUCUGCCUGGGGAUACAGCAAGCCUUACCUGGUUCAAAGGGGAAACUGUAUUGCCGACCCAUAAAAUUCUAUUAUAUGUAAUAGACACCAAAAUCACUACCCCGGGGCCUGCAUACAGCGGCAGAGAGACAAUAUACCCCAACGGAUCCCUGCUAUUCCAGAACAUCACCCUGAACGACACUGGAUCCUACAUCCUACAAAUCAUAAACCAAAAAUUUGAAACUGCACUAGUACGUGGACAGCUCCAAGUAUUCCCGGAGUUACACAAACCCAGCAUCACAAGCAACAACUCCAACCCCGUGGAGAAUGUGGAUUCUGUAGUGUUAACGUGUGAAUCUCAGACUCAGAGCACAAGCUGCCUGUGGUCAGUAAACAGUAAGAGCCUCCCGGACAGUCCCAGGCUGGAGCUGUCCCUGGACAACAGGACUCUCACUGUACAUGGUGUCACAAGGAAUGACACAGGACCCUAUGAGUGUGAAACUCGGAACCCAGUGAGUGCUGAUCGUAGUGACCCAUUCACCCUGAAUGUUCUCUAUGGCCCGGACACACCCACCAUUUCCCCCCCAGACUCCUAUUACCGUCUAGGGGCAAACCUCAGUCUCUCCUGCCGCACAGCUUCUAACCCACCUGCACAGUAUUCUUGGCUUAUCAAUGGGAGGCCCCAGCCAUCCACACAGGAGCUCUUUAUCCCCAACAUCACUGCGAAAAAUAGUGGAUCCUAUACCUGCUCCGUCUAUAACAAUGCCACCCGCCUCAAUAAGACCACAGUCAAGACUAUCACAGUCUCUGAGCCAGUGUCCCAACCCCUUCUCACUGCCAGCAACACCACAGUCACAAAAGAUGACUCUGUGGUCCUGACCUGCUCCUCAAAUAACACCGGGGUCUCUAUCCAGUGGUUCUUCAAUGGCCAGAUUCUAACGCUCACGGAUAGAAUGAAGCUGUCCCAGGACAACAGCACCCUCACCAUAGACCCUGUCAGGAAGGAGGAUGCCGGGAAAUACCAGUGUGAGGUCUCCAACCCAGUCAGUUCCAACAAAAGUGACCCUGUAAGGCUGGAUGUGGAAGAUGAUUCCACAGAACAAAGUUCUGGCCUUCCACCUGGGGCUAUUGCCGGCAUCGUGAUUGGAGUUGUGGCUGGGGUUGCUGUGAUAGCAGCCCUGGUGUACUUACAGUAUUUCAGAAAAACUGGCGGGGCAAGUGACCUGCGUGAUGUCACAGAGCACAAACCCUCAGCCUCCAAUCACAGUCAGGACCAGUCUGACAAUUUGUCUAACAAGAUUGAAGAAGUUGCAUAUUCUUCCCUGAACUUCAAUGUCCAGGAACCAAAGAAAUCAACUUCAGCCUCCUCAUCCCCAGCAGCCACAGAAACGGUGUAUUCCGAAGUACAAAAGAAGUAA